AUGUCAUCGGAAAUACCCCGCAUUGUUCGCACCGACCGGAUAUUGCCUGAUCGACAUGCAACCCGCGAAUAUACCUGUCCACUAUCACUGCUAGAUGCAACAACCGCUAACUUCGGGCUCACUAGCGCCAUAUGGCUGCUAAAAUGUCCGAAUACUCCACUUGCGCAAGAUAAUCCUGCUGGCCACCUACACGCAGCAUUUCGCGAAACCUUGAAUGCAUACCCGCAAUGGUGUGGGUUUCUCAAAAGCAUCAGUACCAUUGAUAGCAAUGAAUGUACACCAGAAAUAGCUCAGUUUCCCACGCAUGCUAGACGCUACGGUCGAUUGUACGUACACUAUGGGACAGAUGCAGAUCCAGGAGUUGAAUUCGUGGAGGCGACAAGUCUGGCAAACGUGGAGAGCCUUUACAGCGUUGACUCGGGAAAGAGACGGCCUAUUUGGAACCGACUGGAAGACGAGGUUACACUUGCCCGUUUAGCACCGCAAACAGCCGUGGUUAAUGCGCUUCAACCGGACGAGAAAGAUGCAAAUGGCUUGUACAAACCGUGCAUGGCCGUACAACUUACUCAUCUUGCUUGCGGUGGUUUCGUGAUAGCUGCGAAGAUCGCCCACCCGCUUGCAGAUAUCACGGCACUUACUCGUUUUGUACAAGAUUGGGCAGUCAAUUCUCGUGCCUUGAUAUCGAAAAUGCCCUUUCCAGCAUCAAAUUCAAUCUUCCAGCCCGAUCUUCUGGAUGCGUGUGCCGCGGGUGACAUCAAUGCCAGCGAAGCCAAUCCUACCAUCAUGGAAGACGCACUUGCCCUUCCGCUGCAUAGAUACGACUGGUGGGCGCCGCCUAUGAAGCCUCCGCCGCCUUUUCCUGAGGAUCUGGCUCCAGCGGGGAAAUCGCUGCCUUGGGCCGAAUGGGAUUCGAAAGCGAAGGUAAAACAAUACACGAUUCAUUUGAGCCAGAAGCAAAUCGAGUUCCUAUGGCGCUCUGCAACGCAAAACACCUCCCUUACACCUUCAGGUUCGAAAAUCAGUAAGCACGACGCUGUGUUAGCCCAUAUCUGGUCGUGCGUGGUGCGUGCUCGUGGUCUCCAGAAGGACCAAGGACCCGUCCAUUGCGACCUCGUGCUCGGUACGCGACCAGCACUCAAACUUGAUGCCGGCUUCAUCGGCUCACCAACCAUGAUGCUGAACAUUGAGUUGACUGCCUCGCAAGUCGCUAGCGGCGCCUCGCUUGGGCAGAUCGCACAGUGCAUACGUGAAACAUUGGCGACAGUCAAUGAUGCGAAACGACUGGCGGCGCACCUCCACAGUAUCGCAUACGAAAAGUCGCCGCAGCGGAUCUGGCAGGGCUUUCUGGGCCAGCGGCACAUAAUGGUGACAACGUGGGCGCGAGCGGGCAUGUACGAAGUCGACUUUGGGCUUGGGUCACGCAUUCGCUACGCUGAUGGUGUUGUACCAUGUUUGGAUGGGUGCAUUCUUAUCAACGACGCGCCACCAACGAAUUCUACAUCGUCUUCAAAUGCGUCUCUAAGAACCUGGACAGAUAAUGGGGUCGACAUCACGUUGCCACUGCUCCCUGACGAUAUGAAACGCUUGUUACAAGACCCGUUGCUUCUACCGCAGGCAUAA